GCAACAGUCCACUCUGCCAGCUCAGCUGACAGCAGCAGCGGCGGCAGUACUCUGGCAGCCUAUAACCAUGGCAGACUCUGUAAGUAGCGAAGAAGUAGCCGUGAUUAGUAAUACCGACAUCACUUCCACGGAAUCUGAGAACAACAUCAUAAAUACGAUGGUGGAAAGAGGGACGGCUUUGUUGAGGAAACUGGAGAUAAAUGUGGCAGAGGCAGAGAAGAGAACAGGGAAGAACACUGUUAACAUGCAGGAAACAUACACUGUGUACCUCAUUGAAAUACGGCCUGCUGAAACAGAGGGAGGGACACCAGCGGCACCUGACACUUUGUGGAGACGCUACAGUGAGUUUGAGCUUCUCCGAACUUACCUGUUGGUCACCUAUCCCUACAUUAUCAUCCCCCCGCUACCAGAGAAAAGGGCCGAGUUUGUGUGGCACAAGCUUUCAGCAGACAACUUGGAUCCAGACUUUGUUGAGCGGCGGCGAGUUGGCCUGGAAAAUUUCCUGUUGCGUGUUGCAUCACAUCCAGUCCUCUCCAAUGACAAAAUUUUCUUCCUCUUUCUUACAGAGGAAAAGGGAUGGAGAGAUGCGGUUUUAGAAACAGGCUUCCAAGACAAGGCUGAUUCCAGACUCAAGUCUCUGAGUGCAAUGUUCAGGGUCAAGAAUCCUGACAAGCGGUUUACAGCACUGAAACAGUACAGUGAUGAACUGAACAGCAUCAUCUCUCAGUUACUCAGAAUUCGAGCGCGAGUAGCAGACAGGCUAUAUGGAGUUUACAAAGUCCAUGGUAACUAUGGCAGAGUUUUCAGUGAGUGGAGCGCAAUAGAGAAAGAGAUGGGAGAUGGACUGCAGAGUGCUGGACACCACAUGGACACUUAUGCUGCAUCAAUUGAUGACAUUCUGGAGGAGGAAGAGCACUUUGCAGACCAGCUGAAAGAAUACCUCUUCUACACUGAUGCCGUCAGGUCAGUGUGCAGAAAACAUGAGCUGAUUCAGUAUGAAUUGGAGAUGGCAGCUCAGGACCUUGUCCAAAAGAAACAACAGAAAGAAGAGCUGGCAACCGGGACGGUGCGAAUCUUUUCUUUGAAGGGAAUGACCAGUAAAUUAUUUGGCCAAGAGAGCCCGGAGCAAAAAGAGAGCAGGUUAGCAGCCCUGGAGCAGAGUAUUCAGGAAGGAGAGGAAACGGUCAAGGAGAAGAACACCGAGUGCCAAGAGUUUGUGCGAGCAGCAUGGGACGACAUCGAACGUUUUAAGGAGCAGAAGGACAAAGAUUUGCGUGAGGCGCUGAUAAGCUACGCCAUUAUGCAGAUCAGUAUGUGUAAGAAGGGAAUCCAGGUGUGGUCCAAUGCCAAGGAGUGUUUCAGCAAAAUGUGAGCCAAACCUUCCAAAGCGAUCGUACUUUGCACCAAAACUAUACUCUGAUUGUACAGACUAGGACCAACAGCCAGUGAUUAUACUGUAGUCCUGUGGAGAUGGGUGGGAGCCCACAUGCUGCCUUUAAUUUGUUUUGCUAUGCUCAGUUGAAGCACACACACAUUAAAAAAAGUGAAAGUGGAACAAUGCCUCUUUAACGUCAAGUGUCUUAAUAGCACCUUUUCCUUGAUUUUCUGACCUUCGUACUUCAGACAGUCCAAAUACACACACUCAUCCUUAGUUGCGCUUUCAUUGACAUGUCCAGGAAGACAAUGUGGCAUUAUCAUUGCACAAUGGCAAUAUCCAUGGGAUUAUCCAUGCAGUAUAUUUCAGUUGUUAGCUCUCUCAGUCAUUCACCAUGAAUAACACAGAGCAGUAUACUAGUUUAUGAGUUGACACAGGCUGCACUUUUCAAACAGUGGUUCAUGUGACUUGUUUUAGAGUUGCCUGCCUUGAUGAAAGGAUCUUUACAUGUUACCUUUCAACCCUCUCCAGAAUCUCCUUGCAUAAAGGUUUUCAUACUAUUUGAUUAUUAUUUGAUAUUGAUUACUAUUUGAUUUUAGGUGAUUAAUGGCAAAAGUGAUGAGUUAAAGAUUGGGGAACGUUUGCGUUCAAAUUUCAAAUUUGCAGCAGCAAGUCGAACCAAAAAAAGCAGAAGAGUACACUGGUGAAUAUUCAAAUCAAUUUGAAAUGAACUGUGAGAAAUAUGACUGUAAACAUGGACCGAGCUUUAAAAAGCCACUACACUUUUUACAUUUACAUUUUUUUUCUUUAUUUUUUUUAAAGUUCAUCACACAGAAGUAAUCUUUGUUAUUGUUAAUCUGUUGCUGACCAAAGUAUUGAAGACCAAGUGCUUUUAUACUAAUUACUUGUAGAAAAUACAGAAGAAGGGUUGAAGAACUUCGGUUUUGUGAUUUUGUUUUUUUGUGUGUUUUUUUUUUUUGGCUGAGGAAAGAAAUCACUCUCACAAUUUGAGUUUCAUUGUUUACACAAAAUGUAACCGUAAAUGCGAAAAUCGUAUCCUUUCUUUGCUGUCAAGCAUUGUAGCUUUAAUGCAAACAUUGGUUUUAUAUCAUAAGAAAAAAAACAUAUAGAACUCAGCCCACUGUCAAUGUGUCUCACCACUUAUUCUGAUAUGACCCGAGUGCAGCUACACACAGAUACUGACUUUUCUUUUUUUUUUUUGAGAUCCUCACAUUAGGCUUAAUAUAUGUGCUAUACAUAAACAUUCACACAUGCUUGUGCUUCUUCGAUGACAUCAAUCUGAGGGGGAGAAAAAUUGGUGCAAAAUGGAUCUGACGUCUGAAUGUUGCGCUGAGAUCAGCAAAUAAUCUUUUUUUUUUCCCAGAAUAAACAAUCGUUUUACUGAAAGAAUCUCAAAUUGAAGCUUUAUGUAUGUUUUUUUUUUUUUUUUUUUUUCUAAAUAACAAAUGUGUCAGAUGUAAUCAUUGUGUUAUGACACUAAUAAACAUUUCCCUUUUUAAACUUA